AACACUCUGAAAAGGAGGAAGACUUACAUAAUUCUUGGCUGAUCAAUUGUAUAUUAUCCAUGCUUAUUAAUCGCUAAUGAUAUGAUUAAAACCGUGAAUAUGAAAUCAUCAAUAAAUCAUGCAGUGACAUAAGCAUGUUUUGGGCCCCAUUCGUCAGUAGUUUAUCACUGAGGUUCAGUGAGUGUACAGCUCUGAGGAUGGAUGAUGAAAUAAUUCCUGAUUCAGCUAUAAUUCUGGUGAAGAGUGAACCUCUGGAACAUGAAUCUGAACAUCAUACACAUCCAUUUGUUGUGAUGCCUAGUAAGAAACGUCCUUCUUGUAAAGAAGAAACAGAGGGUGAAGCUGAUAAGGAAGUCCCACUUGCUACAGCUGUUAGGAUAGUAGAUGCAUCAGCAAUACAGCCUAUUGAGGUAAUAAGUGAAGCAGAAUCUCCAUCCGUGUUGAGCAUUGCAUAUCAAAUCUCUGAUGAGGCUGUAACAUCUCUGAAGGCGGAAUUUAAGGUUGAAGAGGAUGCUGAAGAAAUGGGAUUUGGCUCUGAAGCAGUUAGUGAAAUAACAGAGAAACCAUCAGAAACUGAACAGUUUAAUUCAAGUUGCCAGUGUUCAGCAUGUGGAAUAUUCUUCCCAAAGAGAAGAGAUUUGAAUGAUCACAUGUGUGUAUGUACUGGAGAUAAACCCUUUCAGUGCCCAUCUUGUGUCAAAUGCUUCAGUUCAAAAUAUCACUUGAAGCGUCACAGUGUUGUCCAUACAGGUGAACGUGCUUACCAGUGUUCUAUAUGUGGAAAGUCAUUUAAUGACAAGAGUAAUGUACAGCAACAUAUGAGAGUGCAUACAGGAGAGAAACCAUAUCAAUGCCUGAAAUGUAAGAAGUCUUUCACUUGGAAAACGCAGCUUGAGAACCAUAUAGGCGCCCACAAAGUGAAAUCUUGUUUUCGAUGUUGUAUCUGUAAUAUGUAUUUCAAGAACAAAAUUGACAUGGAUGAGCACACAUUUUCACAUAUUGGAGAAAAACCAUAUCAGUGCUUGUCAUGUGCUAAAAGUUUCAACUCAAAAUAUCGUCUCAAGAGACAUAGUGUUGUUCAUACAGGAGUAAAAGCAUAUGACUGCAAUAUGUGUGAAAAAUCAUUUAAUGACAAAAGUAACUUACAGCAACACAUGAGAAUUCAUACUGGAGAGAAGCCGUAUAAAUGUUCAACAUGUGAACAGACUUUUACGUGGAAAAAUCAGCUUGAGAAUCAUAUCCCUGUGCAUACAAAUGAAAAAUAUUACUGUUUUAUAUGUCAUAAAAAUUUUAAAUUCAGAAGUAGCCUGAUUCAGCAUGCAAGGUAUGAUUUGGGAGGACACAGAUGUUCUCUCUGUGGUCAUAUGUUCACUUCUCAGGAGGAUUUACACUCUCAUAAACAAGCUCAUGUUACUGAACCCAAAUAAUUGUACUCUGUCACAGCAGCCUGUUAUUCUACAUUCCAUUUGUUACAGUUUGGUUUAGUUAUCUCUGAAUAUUUCAUGCUAUGCAGAAUUCUUGGUUUCCUGUAUUGACUACAUAGUAAUAUGCAUAUAUAUCUAUUAAAUUAUUUGUCAAGAAACUAGGAAAAUAUGAAUUUACAUUCCUAACCAAUUCUGUUUUCCUUUUUUCAUACUCUCUCCCCCUCAGUAUUAACUGUAACAUGUCAAUAAAAUUUUGACUACUAUUAGGUUACAAACGCUCUUUGAAUUGUCUGAUAAAUUCAUGACUCUUCUUUACUUGGUUAUGAAUGAGCUACCCCCCACCCCCACCCCCCUCCAAAGGAGUAACACAGCUAUAAAGCAUAAUUGAAAGUACCAACGCACUUUCCAGUGUUAGAAGUUUACCUUCAUGACCCACAGCUUUCUGCCAGUAGUGAAAGAACUUAUUUCUUAUAACACCAAAACAGUCUGUCUUAAUUCUUCUGUGGCAUGUACAAUAGGUUGUUCAUUUCUGACAUAUCUGUGAGCAUGUUGCUGCACCAGUGCAUCAUAUAUGAUGUGUCCCACAAUAUUGUGAAUGAUCCAAGAUAUUGGAAGAUGGUUCAGCUGAGAUUCAAGCUGAGACCCUGUUGUAACUCAUCCAUGCUAGUUUCUGAUCAAGGAUACUAACAAAAGUCUACAGUGAUGCAACAUCUAUACAUAAAAUGAAAAAGAAAAACAGAAAACAAAUGAACAAGUAAAGAGUGAUAUAAUUGCUUACGUCAGAGUGAUUCACUUGGAGGAGGACCUAAAUUAAAAAUUAUAAACUGUGCAGUAAUUUACAAAACUCUGUGAUUUCAGUCUGCAAGUGAACUGUACCGACCGAGCGACCGCUGCUUGUCGGCGAAGUUUAGUGCCAACUUUUGCGGAUAGAGGCUGUCGCGUCAUCAGCGCGACGAAUCCCCAUGGCCGUUAAUUUCGGUUCUCAAAAUUUUGGAACACCAUGUUCUUCAUAAUACUGGUUUGGUACCUGCCUUCCCAGUUUGUGCCAGUUCCUUCAGCUUGUGAAUUCUCAUGCCAAAACAUGUGUAAACAUGGAAUGGCAUGUCAGACUCUGUCUCCAGGUGAAGGGAGACCAUUUGAACAUUGUCUGUAUCCCGUUAUCUCCACAUAUACCAAGGUGUUCCAGAUUAUAUUUUCUGAUACACUGUAAAAGACUUAAUAAGCACAGCAGUAGAUAUUGUGUUAAAAGAAUCUGUGGGCCAUAUAUGGUCCUUUUAGAAACUUAAAACAAUAGUAAAAACAUUAUAGCUCGAACGUGAGAUAUCACUGGAGUGGAGUCAGUUUGUCAGUGAGUUAGAUAACUGCUGGGAUUCAGUUGUUGUGAGCUGUUGCUGAGGCCAGGGACAGUUCGGGAACCCAGAGGAAGGGGAGCAUCCACCAUUCGAAGUCGCUACUGAGCAACGGCUAGUGAAGACACAGCAGGCUGAGAAGACUUAUGUGUGUGCUCUAGUGAACUGUAAAGUGUGUGAAUUAGUGAAACAGUUAAGUCACUUAUAGUCACGUAUCUUUAAUUACCAAUCCAAACCCCAUCUAUGGUCACUAAAAUUGUGACAGUAUAUUAUCGCGAUCAUCUCAUAGAAUGUUCGGCAAUACGCCAAAAUGAUGGAAUGUUUUUUGUUCUUUGUAAUAAAGUACACAUUGCUGCAGGGUGUGUAAAAUGGUAA